AUGAAGGAGGAACAACGCUACAGCGUCGACGAAAUGAUGGUCCCAUACAAAGGGACAAGAGCGGGAAGUAGGCGCCAAUAUCUACCUAAAAAACCAAAAAAAUGGGGGAUGAAGUUAUUCGUUCGAGCAGGCGUCUCUGGUUUAGUGUAUGAUUUCAUUCCUUAUGGUGGAGAAGACACGUUUAGAAAUCAUUCUUUUACUGAAUACGAGGAGAGCCUCGGUCUUGGAGCAAAAGUUGUGCUAGCACUUUGCAAGACCAUUGAGGAUAAACCUGCAGUCGUAUAUUUUGACAAUUUCUUUACGUCAUUGGAGCUAAUUCACCAUUUGCGUCAAGAAUACGGUAUUUUUAGUCUUAGUACCAUAAAAAGUAAUCGUUUGAGAGGUUGUCAAAAUAAACUACUAGCAGAUAAAGUUCUCGCAAAAAAAGGACGGGGUGCAAGCUCCCAGAUCGUCUGCAAUGACACGAAACUUGCUGUUGUCAGAUGGUAUGACAAUAAGCCGGUGACAUUGGCUAGUUCAUUCGUCGAUUCCCAUCCAAUGGGAAAGAUUCAAAGGUAUUCCAAAGAUACAGAAUCUAGGGUGGAGGUCAAUUGUCCUCAGAUUGUGAAGCAAUAUAAUGCCCAUAUGGGGGGCGUAGACUUGGCGGACAUGCUUAUCGCUCUAUACCGUUCAAACUUUAAAACUAAGAGGUGGUACAUGACCAUGUUUUCACAAUCUCUGGAUAUUUGCGUCAACAAUGCUUGGUUAUUACAUAGGAGAGAUCAUGCUGAUCCUAAAGACCGUUUACCUCUCAAAAAAUUUCGGAUACAGAUAGUAUCUGAGCUUUUACAUAAAAACAGAACGAGGGUGACAGUGAGUCAGGAAAACGAUCCUCCUAAAAAAAUAAUUACUCCAGCUGCUCCAAGACCGACUGAUGCUGUACGAUAUGACAACAAUGGACAUUUACCCAUGUUUGUGUCGUAUGGACGGUGCAAAUACUGUAAAAAUGGGUACACAAAUAUUACUUGCUCAAAAUGUAUCCUCAGGCUGUGUCUAGUUAGUAAGAGAAACUGUUUUUAUAAUUACCAUGUUAAGUAA